UAAGGCAGUAAUGGGUUCUUUGUGCUUAUAUUUUUUGUUUGCAGGAAGAGAUGAGAGCACCUGCAAGAAAAGUUACCAGGAUGUUUGUUGCAAGGAUCCCAGGCCACAAUCUGUGACAGAAGCAAAAUUUCGAGGUCAUUUUGGGAAAUAUGGAGAGAUAACAGAUUUAUACAUGCCGAAGGAUCAAGGCUCAAAAAUGCAUCGAGGAAUUGGGUUUAUUACCUUUGAAAAUGCAGACUCUGAGGAAAAUUUAAUGGCUGAUACCCAUGAAUUGGGGGGUUCCAAUGUAGUUGUUGAUUGAGCAACACCCAAGGCAAGUUACAGCAUAACUGACCUUUACUUUUAGUAUUAUUAAUCUUAUAGAUUAGUUUCCAUUUUAUAUUCAUAGUUUUCGUUGA